CUGGCAAAACAUUUUUCCGGAUUCCAGCGAGGAGUUCUACUAUCUUUUUGGUGCUGUUCUUUGUGUAAUUCUUGAUUUAUAUCCACCGUACAUGCCUUGCUUUGGGCAUUUGCAAGUGUCUAGUGCUAGUUUCAUUUAUAAAACAAUGAAUAUUGCGGUCUUUUCAGCCAAAUGAUGGCCAAGUGAAAGCUUAAGAAAUUCGAAUCUCUCUAGUUCCUUUUUUUCCCUGUGUUUACUUUGCCCUUUGUCUUCUUUAGUUCUCCAGUUUUGUGUUUUCUUGUUUUGUUUGCCAAUUCAUUUGCAUUUAAUUUACGUCACCAAAAUAAACAACGGAAUGUGGAAGUGCCACAAGUGCGGCAAACCUGUUUUCUUCGCGGAACGUAAACAAUCUCUGGGCUAUGAUUGGCAUCCAGAAUGUUUGCGAUGUGAAGAGUGCGGGAAAAGGUUAAAUCCAGGUCAGCAUGCUGAGCACAAGGGAGUGCCCUAUUGUCAUGUACCCUGUUAUGGUGCUCUGUUUGGACCGCAGCUGUUCGGACAUGGCACGCGUGUUGAGUCACACAAGAGCUAUGGUGUGGCCAAGACUGGCUCAAAGCCACCUGGUGCCCAGGUCAAUGGACCCGCCUUGCCGCGUGAUCACCUGGAAUCCAAAAUAAAGGUCUACAAUCAAUUUUAUGACAAUAAAAGCCUUGAGAUACGCAGUCGUGAGGUGAAUAACCGCUUGAUAUUGGAGGGAGCAUUGCGAGUCUAUUGGGGAGUCCAAGGAGUGAUUCAUCUAAAAGAAGACGAUGAUCAGCGAACGUUUAUAGUGCGCAAGAGAAAUUCUUGUCGCGUGUCCAAAGCGGCAGAUGACAGCAGCUCGGACAAGGAGAACGAGGAGGCUAGUGAAUCUGUGGCCCCAGUGACGACAGCUACAACGACCGGCGAUGUGGAUCCAAUUUCCACGGAUGUUUCGCUCUCAGAAAGCAUGACUUUUGAUUCCUGCAGCCUUAACGAGAUUUCCGAGUUACCCACUACACCGGAAGAUGCUUCUGCUAAUACAACGCCCAGUGGACAGCAGGGGCAGGUUAACCAAGUGGUGGUUAACGGACUUGAAGAUGAGGAUACUACCACUACAACGGAAUCAUCCAGCACCUUGGUGGAGGGAAUAACGAGUAGCACUAGUUGCGCGUCCAUUACGUUGCCUUCAAAGUUGGAUAAGCUAGAAAAGUUGGAUUGGGAUGACAUAGACGAUCUCUUGCAGGUGGAACGGCGUCACAAUGACAAGGAUAAAAUCUAUGAAACAAUGCCCGUAAAACUUCCCUCGUCUUCAUCGCUAUCCUCCAGUGAUAGUUCUCCUACCAAGACCAGUACUGACAGCACAACAACAACAACAAGCAAUUCCAGCACAGAUAAUUUUAUGACUGCAACCGGAUCGUUAACUUCUAAUACCAACACACAAAACACAACAACUGUGAGCACGGCCAACACCACACUGGACACUAGUGCCGCAACCAACUACGAAACCUCAGAUGAUGCCACCCUUAAGCCGAUGGACUUUGAGGAUUUCAAGCGGAGCGUUCAUCAGGAUUAUGUGAACGGGGCUAACUCGUUUCAGGAACCUAAUGAGGGAACGCUAAAACGCAACCAGCCCAUAGAUCCAUCUCGCAUACACGAUUCCCUUAAGUUAUAUGGAGAGAAUUCGGCGAUGAGCAAAAGUUUCAAUUGUGAGCAUGCUCUACGUUCCAUCGAUCCUAGUUUUAUAAACGACACCAUCAACUUGCGUAGUAGCAUAGAUUCGCCAUCUCGUUCAUCGCAACGUAAAUAUGCCUUGCAAAAGAGCGGAUCGGCAUCGGCCGCAUCAACGACAGCAUCAGAUAAGCAGGCAAAGGCUUCACUGCAGCCUGGCCGUCAGUUGUUCGAGAAGGGAAUCAAUCGUUCCAAAUCGGGACCCAGCUGUUUUGUCUAUUCGGAUAGUGACGAUGACGACGAUGCCACAUUACGGCCUCAAAGAUUGGCCACUAUAAGACGGAGUGAUGUACCGCCGCGUUACAUACAAAUCCAAAUGAACUGUUAUCCUAAAGAAAAAGGCGGCGUUGGCGGUAGUGAAUGCGAUUCUCUAACUAAUAGUGGAGCUGUUGCUGGCGACGAGCUUACCCAAACGGAGGAGCUCUAUACAGCCACCGAAGGCAAGUCGGGACGUGGUGAUGCUGUUGAUGCUGGUGCUACUGAGCCUGGUUUGCAUGUGACUGAAGAUGGUGUGGUUCUAAGAAGACCACCGCGAAGUGGAGCUGCUGCCAUUAAGCGUCGCAGUGGUAAUCGACGUUCCCGCACUAAACUGAAGCGUCGUUGUUCGAUUAAUGGACACUAUUAUAAUCGUGAGACUUCCUUUUUUACACCGCCCUAUGGUUCUCAGAUGUCUGUGUGGGUAACUUCAUUAGUAACCACGCCGGAAGUAAUCAAUUUGGUACUUGAAAAGUAUAAAGUGGAUAGUCGACCAGAGAAUUUCUCACUUUUCAUAGUACGUGAUAAUGGUGAGCAGAAGCGUCUGCGUGAUGAUGAAUAUCCUUUAAUAACACGUGUCACUCUGGGACCGCAUGAGGAUGUGGCUCGUCUAUUUUUGGUUGAUGCGCGUAAAACUGAUGAAAUCAGUAACGAAGUUGCUCAAUUUUUAAAUCUAUCAUUACCCGAAUGUCGUGCCAUAUUGGAUCGUUACGAUCAGGAAGUGGCCCGUGAAGUGGCCAAAAUAAAGGAAAGAUUCGCUGAAUUACGUCGUCGCAUUGUAGCGCGUAUGGAAUCUCUAAAAGUUCAUUUGUGAAUGCAACAAUGGAAUCUCCAGCCACAAAAAUACCAACAAAACAUAUUCAUAAAAUUAAGCCAUUAUAUUAAAACGAAGAAACGAAUGGCAACCCAUAUUUGGGCUAUACAGAGAGUAUUCUUUUUUAUACAAACAAUCAAACAAACACAAAAAUUAAUGUUUAUAAGUAGUGCUUAGUCAAAAUUAUGCAUUAGCAAUUUUUAUACGUGGCCCAGUGAACAAAGCAGCUGCCGAAAACUAACAAAGCAAAAGAAAAAAAAAAGAUAUUAUUUUCAUUCUUAUUAACGUGUUUAUGAUUCUGAGUUUUUCUUGUUUUUUUUUUUGUAGAAAGCAUUUAAGACUUGUAACUAACCCAAAAAUUAAUAUUAAUCAUCUUUACAUUACCAUACAGAUAAAUCUAUAUAUUUUGUUUUGAA